CCCUGCCCCCGUCCGGCCCCGCCCCCUCAGGUUGAUGGCAGCAGCAGCUGGGACUGCAGCGGGGCCCGCAGCCGAGAGCCGCAGGCAGCGGCCGGAACACGCUGGCCCGGACGCACCGACGCCGCCUCCUCGGCCCUCCGCACACCUCGGCCCGCUCCUCAGAGGAGUCGCAGCGUGAGCACCUCCGCCCGGCUUAGGACCAGUUGACAGGAUUAAGGACCAACGUGCCUCUGGGCUCCGGCUCCGCUAUCUUUGCCCCAGCCAUGAGCCGGCGUGUGGUCCGGCAAAGCAAGUUCCGGCAUGUGUUUGGUCAGGCAGCAAAAGCUGACCAGGCCUAUGAGGACAUCCGGGUAUCCAAGGUCACAUGGGACAGCGCCUUCUGUGCCGUCAACCCCAAAUUUCUAGCCAUUAUUGUGGAGGCUGGAGGUGGAGGUGCCUUCAUUGUCCUGCCUCUGGCCAAGACAGGACGAGUGGAUAAGAACUACCCACUGAUCACUGGGCACACUGGCCCCGUGCUGGACAUUGACUGGUGCCCACACAAUGACAACGUCAUCGCCAGUGCCUCAGAUGACACCACUGUCAUGGUGUGGCAGAUUCCAGACUACACCCCUGUGCGAAACAUCACAGAACCUGUCAUCACACUCGAGGGCCACUCCAAGCGUGUGGGCAUCCUGUCUUGGCAUCCUACUGCCAGGAAUGUCCUGCUCAGUGCAGGUGGUGAUAAUGUGAUCAUCAUCUGGAACGUGGGCACUGGGGAGGUACUGCUGAGCCUGGACGACAUACACCCUGACGUCAUCCACAGCGUGUGUUGGAACAGCAACGGCAGCCUGCUAGCCACCACCUGCAAGGACAAGACCUUGCGCAUCAUUGACCCCCGGAAGAGUCAAGUGGUUGCGGAGCGAGCCCGACCUCACGAGGGCGCCCGCCCGCUGCGGGCCGUCUUCACCGCAGACGGGAAGCUGCUCAGCACCGGCUUCAGCAGGAUGAGUGAGCGGCAACUCGCACUCUGGGACCCGAACAAUUUCGAAGAGCCAGUGGCCCUGCAGGAGAUGGACACAAGCAACGGAGUGUUACUGCCAUUCUACGAUCCUGACUCCAGCAUCGUCUACUUGUGUGGCAAGGGUGACAGUAGCAUUCGGUACUUUGAAAUUACGGAAGAACCACCUUUCGUGCAUUAUCUGAACACAUUCAGCAGCAAAGAACCGCAACGGGGUAUGGGUUUCAUGCCCAAGCGGGGACUGGAUGUCAGCAAAUGUGAAAUCGCCAGGUUCUACAAGCUGCACGAACGAAAGUGUGAACCAAUCAUCAUGACUGUACCUCGAAAGUCAGACCUGUUCCAGGAUGACCUGUACCCGGACACGCCUGGUCCUGAGCCAGCCCUGGAAGCUGAUGAGUGGCUAUCGGGUCAGGAUGCAGAACCUGUGCUCAUUUCGCUGAAGGAAGGCUACGUUCCCCCCAAACACCGUGAGCUCCGGGUCACCAAACGCAACAUCCUAGAUGUGCGCCCGCCAGCCAGUCCUCGGCGCAGCCAGUCAGCCAGCGAAGCCCCCUUGUCGCAGCAGCACACCCUGGAGACAUUGCUGGAGGAGAUCAAGGCCCUCCGAGAACGGGUGCAAGCCCAAGAGGAGCGCAUCACUGCGUUGGAAAACAUGCUGUGUGAGCUGGUGGACGGCACGGACUAGUGCUGCAUACGUGCUGCGAAGCACACUGCAGACCCACGGGGGCAGGGCGCACCCGACUGGCAGCACUGGCUUUUGGUCUGGGACUCUGAACCCUGCCUCCUGGGGUUGAAAUUAGGGGAGAGAUCAGAAAAGAAACUCCACCUCCCACAUGAGGCCUGAACACAAGAAUCUUAAGUGGCAGGGACUGAGAUCCUGACUAGGUGCCCCGACUUUGCAGGAUCAGGCCUCGGGGGAGCCUGGGAUAAUGUGGCCCUAGCAGUGGUGCUUCACAGUGAAGCAUAUCCCUCUCUAUCCCGUACCCUGGGCAGGGGAAGUGCUUAGUAUUAGCGAGGUGCCUGGAGAUUCUGAGGGGCUUAGGCUGACCUCACAGGAAUAGUGAUUCAACAGAUAACCCCAGAAUCUCAGGAAAUUGCCUACAUUUCUUCUAUUAAGCAGCACCGCGUUUCUGUUGCCAGCAGAGCUUAGCCCACUGACUUCAACCAUCAGUCUAUGGUAGAGGGCUCUUCCCAUCUUCCUACUGCCAGAAAGGGCAGCUUCUUGGAGACAAACAGACCCCACCAGAGAAAUCGCAGGAGAGUUGGCACAUGGAAGCAAGUUCAACACACACACACUCCAGCACUCUGCUGAAUCUUUUAAAAACACUGAGGCAUAACUAAUGAAAUAUUUUACUAAGUACAAGUCUGUGCCUCCUGCUCAGAGAGCCAAUAUGCUGCCCCCAUUCCCCAAGGUACCAUGAGGGAACCAGGCCUUGCCCAAACUAGGGGGCAUCCCAGUCCCUUUUUGGAAGCCUGAGGAGACCUAGCAAAUGCAAGCUGGACUGAGGGACCCAGCAGGCAGCUUUUUAUCCCAGGUCACCCAUCUUUGCAUCGAGGUUCCCAAGACACCCCCCCCCCCGUAGGCACUUCUCCCCAAUAAAAUUAGGU